UGCGCGUUGGAGGACCACAAUAUCCAUCGAAUGGUUCCACGAAUAUUUCAUCUCGAAUUGAUUUUGAGCAAUUAUAAAAAAAAAAAUAGUCUCUUGGUAUCAUGGCUGCUCUUCGUUUGCCAAAAAACAACUGUGAGUGUGAGGAGGCCGCGUUUUCGAAAAAAACUGUCCCGCGGAUAACACCAUACAGAGUUGAUUUAACAAAAUAUGAGGGAUGGAGAGAUUCAGUGCUGGGGGCUCCGCGUCGACUUCUUGUGUCUCUUGGCAGCUUUUCAAGAACCGCAUCACCAUGCCCAGCGAAGGAAGAUCUACCAAAGCUCCCGGUACCGGACCUCGAAUCUACUAUGCAAAAAUACCUCGCCCAGGUCGAAGUGAUCGCCCCGAAGUGUUGGGAGAAGACCCAAUCUAUAGUGAAAAGUUUUUUGGCAGGGCCUGGUCCCAAGCUUCAGCAACGCCUGUUGGAUCGUAGAGAGCAGACGAUAAAUUGGGCAACAGAUUUCUGGCUCAAAGAUAUGUACCUCUCCGUUCCUCUGCCACUGCCCAUCAACAGUAACCCUGGACUGGUUCUUCAGCCGAAGAAAUUCUCAAACCAAAGAGAAGCUGCCUGCUUUUUAGCCAGAUUUUUAAACGGACUAUUCGACUAUCAAGAACUAGCGGACAGGGACGAAUUGCCGGUAGAGCGACUGAGAUCAACCGAUGGAAAACCCGGACAACCGUUGUGCAUGGUGCAGCAUUACAAACUCUUCAGCAAAUAUCGCCGUCCAGGAAAAGAAUUGGAUGAGCAGUUGAUACUGGACAGAACAUCAUCCGGUAACCACGUCAUCGUUGUAAAUCACAAUCAGUUUUACAGCGUUCCAGUAAGGGCUUCGGACAGAGGUCGUCUUACGGAGGCAGAAUUGACCCAACAAAUUUUGAAAAUAAUGGAAAUACCCGCUGACCCAAGAACGCCACCGGUUGGAGUAUUGACAGCAGCAAGAAGGCCCGUUUGGGCAGCCGCAAGGGAGGAAUUGGCCAAAAACGAUACAAACAGACAUAAUCUGGAGCUGCUGGAGCGCUGCUUGUGCAUCAUUUGUCUCGACGAUGACGUGCUUCCCACCACGUUCAAUGACUCAAUUGGUAAAAAAAGAGAGGUCGGACACUGGAUCGGUGACAGAGAUGAAACGAACCUAUUCCAUCACGCAUUGCAUGGCGGAGGCUCAAGACACCUGGGGGCCAAUCGUUGGUACGACAAAACGCUACAAUUCUUCUUGGGGAAGGAUGGAGCGUGGGGAGUGAAUUACGAACACUCGGCAGCUGAGGCACCGGCUGUAUUUGGAAUAAUCGAAAACAUCGAGAGCCAGAUAGCCGCGAUGCCGCCGUCAGAUGAAAACACGAUUCCCAGUCAUCUUCCGGCUCCGGAGAAGCUAGAAUGGCGGCUGUCCGAGCAAAGUUUGAACGACAUUAGAGAUGCGAUGACUUCGUUCGACGCAAUGGUCGAAGACCUUGACCUCUGCGUCUUUCACUUUACCGAGUACAACAAGGACUUCAUAAAGUCUUGCAAAGUCAGUCCGGACGUCUAUAUCCAGCUAGUUUUGCAACUUACUUACUUCAGACUGCAUGGUUCUUCGGUGGCUACUUACGAGAGCGCUGGGCUUCGCCGAUUUGCCUUGGGGAGGGUCGAUUGCAUCCGAUCGGCCAGUGUCGAAGCACUAGCUUGGGCCAAAGCCAUGUGUCAAGGUGAUCCUGGCGACCAGCCGCCAUUAUCCGCCAUGCAGCAAGAGGAAGGCGCCAAAAGAGUACAGUUCACCAUUUACAGUGACCAAAAAAUACGACAGCUGUUCGAACUCGCUGUGAAACGCCAGACCAAAGAAAUGAACGAUAAUGUUUCCGGUCAGGGAAUUGACAACCAUCUUCUGGGGCUCCGAGAGUCAGCAAAAGAAGCCGGUGAUCCGAUUCCGGAGUUGUUUACAGACGAGGCUUACCGAAGAAUCAACCGUUUUGCACUGUCCACGUCACAAAUAACCACGCUGGAUGACGUAAUGGCCGGAUAUGGACCGGUAGUUCCAGAGGGAUACGGCUGCGCCUACAACUUCCGGAAAAAUGGCGUAUUAUUUUAUAUCUCCGCUUUUCACAGCGACGGCAGUACAAGCACCUCUCGAUUCGCCAAGGCUCUUGAAUCUAGCCUGCGAGCAACAGCCGCCAUGUUGCAGGAUUCCCCCAAGUAACUGGAGGUACUUCAAUAAUUUUCACGAGCAAAAAAAUUCAUGCAACGAUUUCCAGGCUCAUUCAUCUCACGGAGUAUGUUACGCGGUUGCGGAUCGGUUGGAAAUAAUUACCGAACCUG